AUGCACUUUGUUUAGGACAAAUAAUUCUGCGGAGAAAGUGGAGGUGCGGAGACCAUUUCGGGGGUCUGGAUUUCCAACUAAGUUAGUCUUUGUUUGUUUGUUUGUUUGUGUAUUCAUGUUUGUGUUGUUGGAUUGGUUAGGUUGUGUAUUUUGUUUUCUGUUAUUUUCUUGUAGUUUUUGCCACCUCGGAAGUGACCACGAUCAUGAGCUUGCCUAACCCUAGCAGGGGAAGAUCUGUUAUCAGAUCCCCAAUCCUAGCAUAGCUUGCUUUGAAUGCCGUUUUUCUCUGGCCUGAUAUGAGGCAAGAAGAUGAUGAUGAUGAUGGUGACGAUGCCCUGUGGCUUCUGAACUGGGUUUGAUCUACCGCCAUGGCUGAGCUACGAAGGCUUGCCUUCGAGGGUUCCUGAUGGUGAGGUGUUCUCGAAACAAGCUGGGAUUUUAUUGUUUUAUUAUUUUAAAAAAAUCCUUUUCUUUUUCCAGUUUUCGAGAUUAGGGUCAGUGUAGCAGUGUUGUGAUUGUGUCAGGAUGGAUUAAGGGUAAUGGCGAUUGUUAAAAACAAUGUUUAUCAGGUGUGGUCACGAUGAAGGGUGUUGGAGAGGAGGGUGGAUUGUUGUGAAAUUAUCUGAAAGUGAAGAUGAGAUGUGGGGUGAGUGAGGAUUGUGGAGAUAGGCGGUUGAGGAGGAGGAGGGGGAGAGGUGAUCGGAGGAAUUGUCCGGCAUUACAAUGGGUUUGUUGCUACAUGAUGACAUAAUGCGGUGUUAGAGGAGGAGGAGGGAGGAGGAAGCUGGCUAUAGGUUUGUCACCGAGGCUGGGGGGCCAGGAGGUGAAGUCAUCGCGAAAAGAGCAGCAUGAGUAGUGGAAGAGCCUUUUGGAGUUGUUUUUCUGUGACGUGGAAGGUGGGGAUCUCACCCUUACGUCAUGUCGAUUGUCUUCUUUUGUGGGGGAGAGCUGUUUUGAUCGCGUACAUAAGGUUGCGGUGCUGAAAACAUUGUUCCUUCUUCUAGCACCAGGACGUUCGUGCCGUCUACGUGAGCAAGUGUCAGUCCUUAAGGAAACUUCGUGUGAAGCUUGGGAAGAGACAAAGAAAGUCAUUUGCAUCUCAAUUAAAGUGCUACACGUUCGAGCUUUUCUAAGCUGCUCCUAUUGCUCAUCGUUUAGUGUUUCCUUUAAGAAACCCAAGAGUAGGUUCGGUUUUUGGUGCUCAAGUCCACUGCUUAGAUGCAGGUGAGUUGGAAUUCAAUUAGUGGAAAAUGGAAGGGUCUAAACUUUCAAAAAUUGCUGAAGCUUUACCCAAUUAUCCCGCUGAGACUAUUCCAAAGUUCGAAGAGGGCUCGCAAGUGGGCUCCUUCAGAGUGGGCAUUGGGAAGAAAACAGACCAUCGUAGAAACAGCAAGGUGCACAAAUUAUCUCAUUCUGGAGGGAGCAAUGGUCGUACCUUUGAUCUAGAGGACAUUGCUUCAGGAUCCAACGGUUCUCAUGUUACGAGCACAGACAGGGCAUGCCGAGUGACGGUGACUAUAGUUGCUGCAAAAGACUUGAAGAGAUCUGGAACUGCUCCUGAUGCAAGAGACCCUGUUUUCAAAGUGCGAGUGGAACAAACUAUGAGAAAAUCAAAAGAUGUUAAGACUGGCGUCGACCAGGAUGGAAUUCUUAACGUGAACCAGAGUUUCACUUUUGACGUUAGGGAGUUGAAGACUGCUCAGAUAACACUUCAAGUUGUGGCAAGAGGAGUGCUUGGUAUUGAAGAAGCCCUUGGACAUAUCAAUCCUCUGUGUGUUCUCAACUUGCUUGAGGAGCAAAAUGACCGAAAGGAUGUUGAAACCAAGUGGUACGAUCUGUACUCCAAAGGUGGCAAUAGGCUUAUGCCUGGAAAACUGCAGAUGCAGAUUGUCGUCGGGAUGGCAGAACCUGAACAGACUAUUUCAGCGUUUGUGGGCACCUGGAAUGUCGGAAACGCUCGCCCUCCAGCAGAUCUGUCUCCCUGGCUACCUACCGAUGCCUUCUUUGAGAUCAUCGCCAUAGGAGCUCAGGAAUGUGAUUAUCCACCGCGUGCUCCCUUCACAGAGUGCAGUAAGGAUUGGACUCAUACAUUGAAGUCGCACUUUGGUGAUCGUUAUAAGCUUGUUCAUGCGACCUCACGAGGGCAGAUGCGGCUUGUUGUGUUUGUUCGAGAUGAUGCAGAGAAGGCGAUUUCUGAAGUCGAUAGUGACAGUGAGGCGACAGGAGUGGGCAAUGUCAUAGCAAACAAAGGAGCUGUGUGCAUAGCGUUUAAAUUCUGGGACACAGGUUUAUGUUUCGUGAACUGCCACUUAGCUGCCCACGUUGGGCAGUGCGAGACGCGGAACAGCAAUUUUAAACAGAUUGCAAUGUCAAUGAAGGUAGGACUAGAUAGUAUGGAUUUACUCAGCCAGUUUCACCACAUAUUCUGGCUUGGAGAUCUGAAUUACAGGCUGGACUUCGGAAAACUGGAUCCCCAAGGGCUGACUCCCGAUCGGAGUUUCUGGGCCACAAUUGUGAAACAAAUUCAUCAGAACAGGUGGAAGGAGCUCCUCAAGUAUGACGAGCUACGGAAGGAGAAAGGGGCCUCACGUGUACUUGCUGGUUUCAAAGAAGGGGAGAUCACGUUCCCCCCAACUUUCAAGAUGCAGAGGGAUUAUUCAGAUCAUUACGAUCAAAAACGAAUGCCUGCAUGGUGCGAUCGUGUGUUGUGGAAGACCUUACAAGGGUGCCAUUCAUAUCUCAUUUCGUACUUUUCUGCCCCCAGCAUUCUCACCAGUGAUCACAAGCCCGUCGGAGCAACAUACAAAUUGACGUCAUAUGCAUUACCUUCAUCGACGUUAAUACCGGAUGGUAGCGACGAGGAUGACAAGAGGUGGCACAUCCGGUUUACUUCAUUGCGGGCUAAGAAGCUUCGGGCAUCGGACAUCAAUGGUUUCUCGGAUCCAUUUGUCUCGUUCGUUGGCCCCAAUUUGUUACAAGAAUUUUGUUCGAAAGUGAAACACCAGACUCUAAAUCCUGUGUGGAAUCCUUUACAAGAACUUCCGACGUUGGUUUUGAGUACGUUUCCCUUGCAACGAGUGGACAAAGAAUACUUAUUAGUCCGAGUUCUUGAUCAUGAUUCAGACGAAGAUGCACUGGGCUAUGGAGUCAUCCCCUUGGGUCAGGCUGUGGCCUGCUUCAAGAAAGGCGUCACGGAAGUGGCGCAUUUCAAGGUCAACCUUUCGCAUCAUGGUUUACCAGCUGGUACGUUAGAAGGGGGUAUGAAACUUACCUGGGAGAAGAACGUGAUAAAAAGUAAAGGGUUUGCAGGCGAAUUUGUUAGUCGAGGAACUAGUAUCAAAGAUUCUUUGAAAAAGAAAAUAUUUGUUCGUCGACACAGCCCCAGAUAACAAGAUGAAGAACGCAUAGCGGCAACUCUCCUCUCCAACUGCAUCUCCCUGACGUAUCUUUCUAGCGGACUAAAGAUUUGGAUGCUUUCUGUCUAGCUCACGAUGGCAGUCGGAUAUCACCUAUCAUGAAUCUCACGUAAGAGCUAUCUCAUAUUUUCAGAGUGAAUUCAUCCAAGCAGUGAUUUUGGGGUUUUAAAUGCAUUAUUUGGCAGAGUUGUGUCAUAGUUAAAGAUGUCAGUUGGUCAGUGUCCCAACAGGUCCCGAUAGGUCUCUAUAGAUCAAAAUCUCGAAAGGUCUCCGUAGGUGAAUUUCCGCACAUUUCUUUAGGUGGACUCUCGUGAAGAGUGCGAAGAUGAGUGGGGCCAUCUCCUCUAAUUGGAAACUCUACUUAAGUACCGGAAGCCGACAGCUGGAGCUGCACACAUUUCAUAUGAAAAGCAGAAUCCUGGAAUUUGUCUGCUGUUCAUGGUGUGGUCUAUGUGUGUAGCUUGAUACGUGAAGUAUCAAGCUUAACGUAAAGAUCAUAUUCUUAUGUUGGUGUAGAUAUUGGUUAGAUUUGUGCGCACAUUUUUGUGGUGUGUCGUAGUGUUCAUAUGGAUGGUCUACAGUUUACAAAUCUCAACUGCUGCUAGAAUGUGCAAGAAAAUCUAAGAAAGCUGUGUGAGUGGAGCCGUUAGCUAAAGCAGUUGAUAAGUGGAUGGACUACUGCGGCUGGUGUAUCAUAGAAUGGGAUCCUGAAACUUCUAACUUCAUCCAUGUCUGGGUAUGGUGGCGUGAAUACUAGAGUUUCUUGAAUUUUUGUUUCCAUCCUCCAAAGUUUCUUUCAUAGUUGUUAUUUAAAAGCUAGUUCGUAGUCCAUUUCCAGGAGUAUGCAGAGGUCAUUCUCAGAAUACAGUUGUGAGGUUAGUGGUUCGAGAUUAUGUGCAAAUACACAAUGUUAUGUUCAAUUAUACUUAGAUGAUACCCAAUUCUAUUGGAAUCAGAGUGUUAACAUUCCAUUUAUGGGUUUGGUUUUAGGCUAGUCAUGUUAGACAAGAUGGUUAAGAAACUUUUGUGGGACCUCAUUUUUUGGAGUUUCCACAUGAGGACUUUGCAGCUCUUUGAAUUGAAAGUUUUGCAGGUUUGGAACA